AUGAGCUCUAGAAGGAAAAACAAAAGACGCGAAACGCUCAAAACUCAGCCCGGAAUCCGCGCUACCCCCACGCUCCGCAGCCGGUCCCGCCGCCGCCGCCGCCGGGGCCCCGCGCUGCCCGCGCCGCGCUCCACGUCCAGGGCGUGGCUCCGCACGGCGGGCCCGUGCCGCCCGCCCGCCGCCUCAGAGCUGCCGCUCCGCCGGCCGGAGCCGCCGCCAGCGCCCGGUCCCCGCCGAGGGUCCCGCUGCCGCCCGGGCCCGGUGGAUGCCACCCGCCGCUGCUCCGGCUGCCUGCUCCGCCUGCCUCUUUGGGCUCCGCUGUGCUUUUUCCGCUGCAAAUCGUCCGGGCGCUUCACCGCCGCGCGGUACUGGCGGGGACCCCCCGACGCCUUUCCCGCAGCGGGCUCCAUCCCGAGCACCGGGAAGCGCCCGGGAGGGCCCGGCCGGAGGAGGAUGCGGCACCUCGGGGUGAGCCUUUGGAUGGGGGAGAAAGGGAGGGGACCCCCAAAAUCUCGCCCAUCGGUUGUUUCCGAGCCAGCCCUGCCCUUCCAGCAUUUCUUUGGAGCAUUUGAUUCUAAUUACCCGCGGAAUUCAGCCUUCUAAUUGCGACUGGGGGACGGGGGAAGAAUAAAAGCAAUUCCCCAAAUUCAAGUUUUAUCUGCUGUUCCCCCCGGAAAAAUAGAGGGUCACGGCUAAGAUUGACGGGGGAAAAAAAAGGAAAUUUGGCUUCAAGCAUUCCAGCGUUUAAAAAGUACCAAGAACAUGGUGGUUUUUGUUUAAUUACUGUGAUGUGUAAUAAAUAAACCGUAUGCUUUGAAUUUAAA